UCCAGCCCCUUCAGGAAGAGGCUGUUUGCUGGAAUAAGAGCGAGUGAACCCUGCAUCGGCUCUCACUACUUCCUCAGUGUAGCUCAAAGGCAGGAACAAUGUUCUACAUCCUCCUGGUGCUGGGACUCGUCGUCCUCGCUUAUAUUUUCCGUCAAGUUGUGGUAAUAGGAAAGAGCUGCAAGAGCAAUGCAAAGCUGCAUGGGAAAACGGUGAUAGUUACAGGCAGCAACACUGGCAUAGGGAAGACCACGGCCAUAGAGCUGGCUAAAAGAAGAGCCAGAGUGAUCCUGGCCUGUCGCAGCAAGCAGAGAGGAGAAGCUGCUCUGCAGGACGUCAAGAGGGUGAGAACCACUGGAGCAGAGUUCAACUAUAUUGUUCUGGAAUGA